GCGCUCCUCACUUCCUGCUUGCUGGGACGUGAACGCACCACCACUCGCUUUCCUCUCUGACGUCAAGAACCUGGAAUAUAGCAAGAAAAAAAAAUCCUCUCAUCACUAAUGCAAGAGUCGCAUCGAAUUAUCAGCGAACUGUUACUCGCGGCACCGCGGGACGCUUAAAAGUUUAUUUGACCGAGCAGGAUAGGACAACGUUUGAAAAGUGUCUUUGAUCCAGAUAUGGCCGAGCUGCUGAGGCUUCUGCUGCAAGUCUCGGAGAAAGCUGCCAAUGUGGCACGCGUCUGCAGGCAGGAGGCGCCUCUUUUCCAGCUCCUGGUCCAAGAAAAGACAGGAGAUGACAAGAACAAGAAGUUUGUGCAGGACUUCAAGACGCUGGCCGAUGUUGUGAUCCAGGAGGUGAUUCGACAUGAUGUUGGCACUCAGUUCCCUGAAAUGCUUGGCUUCAUUCAUGGAGAGGAAUCCAACAAGUUUGAAAAUGGACUUGGUGAGAGUGUGACGGUAACGGUGCGCGGCAGCGAGGAGGAGACGGCAGCGCUUCUGGCCACAGUGCUGGACGGGGACCUGACUGCGGCGGCGCUCCUGGCACGAGCCAUCCACCAAAACCCGGCCACGGUCGACACCAGUGCGGAUGGAUUACAGGUGCCGCUCAGGCCUUCCGAGCUUGGCAUUUGGAUCGACCCGAUCGAUGCCACCAGCCAGUAUAUAGAAGGUCGCGAGGAGGUGCUAGAGGAGGGUCACUUUUCACCUUCAGGUCUGCACUGUGCUCUGGUCCUCAUCGGGGUUUACCUCCGUAGCACAGGUGAGCCUGUCAUGGGUGUCAUCAACCAGCCAUUCAACUGCAAAGAUCCCGCAGGCGGAAGCUGGCGAGGAAAGCUCUUCUGGGGCGUGUCCUACGACGACGUCAACGUGUGCUCGGUGUCACAGCCCAAACCUGCACCAGAGAGGCGUCGAGGGCUGUCGGUGGUGCUUAGUUCCAGCGAGAAGCAAGUGGUGAAGGACAGUCUGACUUCCCUGUGCGGACCUGAAAAUCUAAUGUACGCCUCAGGAGCCGGUUACAAAAUCUUGUGCGUCAUUCAGGGCCUGGCCGACGCCUAUGUCCUCUCUGAAGGAAGCACCUUUAAGUGGGACUCCUGCGCGCCUCACGCUCUGCUCCGAGCCCUCGGCGGGGGGGUGGUAGACCUGACGAAAAGUUUAGAGUGCAGUUCUGAGGCCAAGGUAGAAUUGACCUAUCACCAGCCUUACAGUGAGGGGAAAGGUGCUGACCGCUGGGCCAACUACGGAGGCCUGGUGGCAUAUGGAGACUGUUCCCGGCUAAGCAGCAUUAUGGGGGCUCUGAGAGGAAAGCUGUAGUUUUAAUUUGGGCUGACGUCACACCCGAUUCUGUUGUAGAGAAAGGUCUGGGGAUAUUUUAAAGGUAAACACUUUUUAAACCAAAUAUAUAUGUCUAUAUAAGUGGGCCAAAUGAGAUAAAUAAAAGUGUGGAAAAAUG